AUGCCGCUUGCAGAGAUUCCAGUCGAUGACGACGUUAUUUUACCACUUGUCAAAAUUCCAGUUGAUGAUGAUGUUGUUAUUCUUCUUGAUGAGAUUCCAGUUGUCGAUGCCAUUGUUUUUCCACCUGUCGAGGUUCCUGUUGUGGAGGUUUUAUCUGACCCGUCUGGUCCCGAUUCGUUUGAGUCUGUAUCAUCCGCUACUUUAUACGCACGGGGCGUGCAACAUUACCCCACUGACACUGAUUCCGACAUGGCGAUGUCUGCUGCACCCAUAUUUCCACAUGACGUUGACCCAGAUCCUGAGAUUGUGUUUGUACCUGACGAGCCACCUUUUGAGGCACCUGUUAUUCCUGACAAUCAGCUCUUCGAUAUACCCGCUGAUCAUGAGCUUGCUCCAGCUGACCCAGAGCCUGAGAUUACACCAGAGCCCAUACCUGCUCAUGAUCCCCUACCGGAGCGUGAUCAUGUUGACAUACCAAUUGUUACACCACCCUUACUUAAUCCGAUCCCUGCACUUGUUGACCGUGCUCCUUUUGCUACCCACAUUGACCCCAGAUAUGCUCACACCCGCAAUGGGUGGAUUGAGGAGGACGACGACUAUCCUCCUUUUGUCAGACCAGUUACUCCCCCUCCUGCAUCUACCCAGGCACCCGUUGAUGUCACCCAGUUUCACCCACACGUGUCAGAUGCGCACCGCAUAGAUUUGCCAGUCACAUUUCUUCAGGAUAUCCCUCCCCCCCCCCCCCCGCCCCCGUCCAGGGGAAGGACCAACGAGUCAGCCGUCUGA